AUGCAAGCCUCUCAAAGUCAACACAGUUCACAAAAUGCUGCUCAGAGAAAAGGUAGCGAUGCUACUUCUAGCAGAGCAAGUGAAAAAGGUCAAAUACAAAAUGGAAACAACAGCAGACCAGGGUCAUCAAACCAAAUAAAGCAAAGCAAUUUCAACAACAGCAACACAUUCGGGAACUCAAAAGCCAAGCCCAAGCAAAGAGAAACCUAUUAUUCUCAAUUGAAUAAUGAUCCAAGAUUUUAUAAGGAAGACUUUGUGUCUACAAAGAAAGUCACUCAGUGCAAGACUUCCUACAACUUCCUCAACGAGCACUCCGAUGAUAUUCAGCACAACAUCAACCCACAGAAGGCAGUGGCCAGAAUGACUGACUCAAACAUUGGCAAGAGAGCUAAAUUCGAUGAAGACAAUUCUGUCUUAUCUGGAUCUCCUAAAAAGAAGCACAACCAAAGAGAUUAAUUUAUCAAUUAAUCAGAAGAUGGAUACUCACCAAUAAAAACUGUAUCACAACAUAAGGUGAGAGAGUUAGUUGGGACUAACCCAGUCAACCCAUUGACCAAGGAGCAACUUCAAGAUCAGAUGAGAGAUACUUACGGAUCCCCUGAUAAAUAAAACAGAGUCACUGGAUACAUGAAUAGCACUGGUAUGAUAGGAUCUCUCUAAAGUGUUGAUAAUGACCCUUCUUUCUCAGUAUUGGGAACAAAGCCAUAAAACAGAGGUUAUGUUCCACCUGAGAAUCUUAAGAAAGAGACAUGGAAACCAAAGACCAGCCUCCAAUGGAAUGAACCAUACAGAGCACCACUUACUCUUCAAUGA